GUGGCAGCACGCAAACAGCGCUCCACACAUGAAAAAUUAAACAAAAUGUUUAAAAAUAAAAUAAAACGUAACGGACGUGUUUCAAAUUAAAUUCAUGUUAAAAUAAAGCAUCGAAUCGGCGCUAGCAUACAUAUCAAGGCAUACAAAUCUUAUGUGCAAGUUCAACGAAGCGUACGCAGUUGUUGCCGCUGCCGCUGCCGCCACAAAUACAAAUACAUACAUACAUAAAGAAUUAUCAUCAACAUCAAUUUGUAUAUUAAACAUUUGCUCGGUCAGCGGAACUUGGCCCAUUUUUUGGAUCGUCAGUAUUGGGAACUAUAUCAGUUCGCUUUGUACAUUUCGCCGUGGCGCUCGUGAGAAUAUUCAACAACAAACAGAGCAACGAUUGCUCACAAUGAUUUUGAGAUACUUUCUUAGCCCGAUGCUGGCAGAACGACAGUCGGCCCAGUUAGUUUGUCAGUUAAAACGAUAUGCGCUAUAUUAAACCGGAGCCGUACUAUGAGGGGCUUCCACCGUUCAAUGUUUCCGGCAGUCCGUUCAAUGUCGUGCCUAUACACAAUUUUCCAGAGCUAAUGAAGGAUACAUGCGCGCUCAUCAACUCGGAAUGGCCACGUUCCGAAACUGCGCGCAUGCGCUCCCUCGAAGCAUCAUGCGACUCACUGCCCUGUAGUCUGGUUCUGACCACGGAGGGCAUGUGCCGCGUGAUUGCACACCUGAAGCUCAGCCCCAUAACGGCCAAGAAGAAGGCAUGUUUCGUCGAGUCUGUUGUUGUGGACAAGAGCUAUCGCGGCCAGGGAUUUGGCAAACUGAUCAUGAAGUUUGCCGAGGACUAUUGCCGUGUAGUGCUCGAUUUAAAUACCAUUUAUCUAUCGACCAUCGAUCAGGAUGGCUUUUACGAACGCAUUGGCUAUGAAUACUGCCAACCAAUUUCCAUGUAUGGACCGCGUCACUGUGAGCUUCCCAGUUUACACAGUCGUAAUAAGAAAUACAUGAAGAAGGUCUUAUAGACGUCAGCACCAGUAGUAGUAGUAGUGUUCGCUUAAACACUAGCUUCUUGAUCGUGUCAGUUAAACUAGUCAAAUUGGGUAAACGCUCGAGGCUCUAACAUCUGAAUAACUUUUACUGCCGUAACAGGUUUAUCCUUUGAGCGUUUACUUCUGAUUCCAUUAAGAUUACACAAACAAACAUUCAUAUUACGCUCGUGUUGAUUUUUAAAUAUUACUUUCCGCAUGUAUUUUUUGUUACAUUUUCGGAAAAUGCUUUAGAUACACCUUUAAGCACAUGUACCGACAAUGCUAUAAACAGACCUAUAGCAUACAUAUAUUAAUUGUUAAUUUAAUUAUUAAUUAUUAUUGUUAAUUUAAAUUUCAUAUUCGUAUGAUUUAUUGUGGUUUUGCUCGUAUGCUUACUAGACAAUAUCUACCUACAAACAUAUUAUACAUAUGAUAGCUCAAUUAUCUUCCAAUUCAAAAGAAAAGCGUAGCAUAGAUUUACAUAUCGAGAUGAAACCGUAGCAUUAAGGCAACAAACGAAAGGCAAUAAAUUGUAUUAAUUAUGUAGAUACAUAAAUAUGUUAAA